UGCGUGGGAGGAGAUUUUUGUGGGUUUUUUUUUGGCGUCGCUCUCGUCGCCUAGGUAACCCGGACCGGCAGGAGCCCGCAUGGCCUCGGGCCCCGGAGGGUGCUGGGGUCAGCCCCCACCGCAGGGUGCAGCCGGGACGCCCUGGGUGACCGUCCUGCAGCCCGUCGCCUGGGACGCCCCGCCCCCGCGCCCGCGCCCGCAGCCGGGCAGAGUGAAGGAAGGUGAGACUCCGGGCUCAGGCGCCUUGCACCCCAGUCUGCUUCGCACAUUCUCUGGGCAUCCUCGCUGCACCGCACUCCCGCGCCUUCCCUGUCUGGGGCUUGGGGGGGGGGGCCGUGGGUUGGGGAGGGCCUGGGAUCUGGGCGGUGGGCAGUGGGAGGCUGGGCGUGGGCCUGCUGACUCCCCCGCCCUAGACCUGCUGGAACUGAUGCUGCUGCAUAACGCACAGAUGCACCAGCUGCUGCUGAGUAGCCUGGUGGCAGCAGCCGUCAACCCAGGGCCAGCCUCUUCCCACCAGCAGGUCUACCUGGAGGGUCAACAGGAGGAGGAGGAGAUACAAGCCCAGGAGGAAGGGCCUUUGGUGUUCCACCACCACUACCUGCCCUGCCCAAUGCCCACACUGGGCCCCCUGCUGCCCUGGCCGGUCCCUUUCCUUUCCCUCCCCCCACAGCAGCCUCACUUGCAGGAUGAGUCCAGGAUUCAGCACUGCCCUCCUGCCUCUGGGACAAGGGGUCUGAGAACCGUGCCCCCGCCCCCACCCCCCAGUGCCACAGGCACUGUGGGUGCGGAUGUACCCCCGGCUUCAGGUAGGCACAGGGUAGGUGAGCAGUGGGGUCCAAGCCCAGGUCAGGGUUGGGUCAGGAGGCCAGAUGGGCCAUGUUGGGGACGAGGGAGCUCCUCUCAUCACUAGUCCCUUCCCCUUUCCUCCUUGGGGGCCGGUGAUGCAGGAGGGAGUCAAGAUCAGGGUGCUUUCUUUCCCCAGACUACUAUGGUGCCGAGAGCCUACCAUGAGGACAGACACUAGCCCUGGACCCUACCAGCAUCACUGCAGAGCUGGAAUGAGCCCUGGAGCCCCCCAAGUGCCUCCCUAUUGCCUGCAACCCCACAGCCAUGCCCUGCAGCCCUCCCCCCAACCCCCAACCACAGCCAGGCCCUCUCCUGGGUGAAUCAAAACCCUCUUCACCACACUGAGACCUUGAACUGGCCUGAUCUCUGCCCUGGAGUAAAAGCCCCUCUAAGCAUCACCCAGGGCUGGGAAGCCACCACUGGUGUGUGUUGGGGGGUCAGUUUGGUGAUCUGGGAAUCAGAGCCCUUCCUGGACCUCCUCCACUCACCCCUGUCUGAGAUGGCCAGGGCUGUGGGGUCUUGGUGACCUAAUGAUGGAGCAGGAGGUGAGGGGAGGACUGCUUUUGUUGUCCAAGGCUCUUUGAAGGCCUAGGGUGAUGGGGGAGAGGCCUGGCUCAGAGGGUCCCAGAACUGAGCCAGUUCCCUUGGGCCCCACUGUCAUCCCAGGAAGUUGGCUCUUCUGGCAGAAAGAAGUCAGAGCCAUGUCCUGCUCCGAACAUGAGUGGCCUGAGGUCCCAGAGGCCAAGUAGGAACAGAAAGUCUCUGCCCUAUUGGGCCAGAGCUUGUGUCCUCCACCAUCCCUCAGGAGAAAUUAGUCACUCGGGGCCCCACAAGGAUGGGUGUCUGGUGCCUGGGCUGGUCAGCAUGGGCUCGCCCCAGGGCCUGGGCUGGCUGGGGCUCUGGACGGCUCUUGUGAAGAAGGGGAUAGAGGGA